CGUCAACAUCAACACCAUGGACGCAGCAGGACCAUCACGCCACGCGACGGUCACGGACGAGGCGGAGGAGCUAGCGCUCGAGGCGGGGCAUGUGGCGCCAACAGCGAACGGGGAAGGGCGGGACGCAGGGAACGUCGACGGGGACGGGGACGCCGAGAUGGGCGCCGCGGUGUGCUCAACGCUCUACCUCCACAACUUGAACGAAAAGGUGCAGGUGGACGUCAUGAAGCAGACGCUUGCGACGCUCUUCAAGCCGUACUACCCGCUGCAGCCGAUUGUGGCGCACGGCAACGCGCGCAUGAAGGGGCAGGCGUUCGUGUCGUUCCGCGACAAGGAGACGGCCGAGCGUGCCAUGCUCGACGUGAACGAAUUCCCGCUGUACGGGAAGCCUGUGAUCAUCGAGUUUGCGAAGAGCCGAUCGGACGUGGUCGUCAAGCGCGAGGACGGGGACGAGGCGCUGGAAAAGUGGCAGGCUGAGCGGAAGGAGCACAAGAAGGCGACGCGCAACACGAACAAGUGGCGCCUGAAGCAGCGCGCCAAGCACCAGGCUGGCGCCACGGACGAGCCGACAGCGGCCAAGAAGCCACGGCUGCAGAUGCCGGACGAGUACUUGCCGCCCAACAAUGUGCUGUUCGUCCAAAACUUGCCCGAGGGCACAACGGCCGAAGACCUGCGCGAGGUCUUCGAGCAGUAUGCUGGCUUGCAGGAGAUCCGUACCGUGCCCGCCAAGCGCGAUAUUGCGUUCGUCGAGUUUGUCGACGAGGCGACGUCGGCUGUCGCAAAGGACGCAUUGCACAACUUCAAGAUUGACGGCGAGACCAAGAUGAAGGUCACGUUCGCUCGCAAGUAGGCACAUAGAUGUAGAUGUAUUCUGUUACUGCACUCC